AGCGGAGCGGUGCCGUGCGGUCCACAGAGUUAGAGUCGGUGUUCUUGGGCGGAGGGCCUUGCUCUGGAUCUCCGAGACUUUGCUGUCAGAACUCCCCUGAGAAAGAGGCAACGUGGGACCGAGUCAGCCCGAUGUGCGGCGCUGUUCCGUCGGACUGACUGACUCUUGAAGAGGCCGAUACCGACAGGCUCCGCCCCCUCCCUCCCUCCCUCCCUCCGCCUCGCCCCGGCCCGCUCUCAAACACACUACUCAACAUGAACGAAGUCACCGUGGUCCGGGAGGGCUGGCUUCACAAGCGAGGCGAAUACAUCAAAACGUGGAGGCCCAGGUAUUUCAUCCUGAAGAGCGACGGCUCCUUCAUCGGGUACAAGGAGAAGCCGGACCUGAACGACCAGACGUCGCCUCCGCUCAACAACUUCUCGGUGGCAGAGUGCCAGCUGAUGAAGACUGAGAGGCCCAGGCCCAACACCUUCGUCAUCCGCUGCCUGCAGUGGACCACCGUCAUCGAGCGCACCUUUCACGUGGAGACUAACGAGGAGAGAGAGGAGUGGAUGAGGGCCAUCCAGUCCGUGGCCAACAGCCUGAAGAUGCGGGAGCAGGAAGAGGACGAGCCCAUGGACGUGUUCGGCUCUCCCAGCGAGAGCAGCCUCGAGGAGAUGGAGGUGGCCAUUUCCAAGAGCCGUAACAAAGUGAACAUGACUGACUUUGAGUACCUGAAGCUGCUGGGCAAGGGGACCUUUGGGAAGGUGAUUCUGGUGAAGGAGAAGUCCACCGGCGUGCACUACGCCAUGAAGAUCCUGCGCAAAAUGGUCAUCAUAGCAAAGGACGAGGUGGCCCACACCGUCACAGAGAGCAGAGUGCUGCAGAACACCAGACAUCCCUUCCUCACGACACUAAAGUACGCCUUCCAGACCAACGACCGGCUGUGUUUUGUGAUGGAGUACGCCAACGGAGGGGAGCUCUUCUUCCACCUGUCCCGAGAGCGAGUGUUCACAGAGGACCGAGCUCGCUUCUACGGCGCGGAGAUCGUGUCGGCUCUGGAGUACCUGCAUUCUCGAGACGUGGUGUACCGCGACCUGAAGCUUGAGAAUCUCAUGCUGGACAAAGACGGCCACAUCAAAAUCACUGACUUUGGACUGUGUAAAGAGGGAAUUACUCCAGACGCAACCAUGAAGACUUUCUGUGGAACUCCUGAGUAUUUAGCCCCCGAGGUGCUGGAGGAUAACGACUACGGCCGGGCCGUGGACUGGUGGGGGCUGGGCGUGGUCAUGUAUGAGAUGAUGUGCGGCCGUCUGCCUUUCUACAACCAGGAUCACGAGCGUCUGUUUGAGCUCAUCCUCAUGGAGGAGAUUCGCUUUCCCCGAAACCUGUCCCCCGAAGCCAAGUCCCUGCUGGCUGGCCUGCUGAAGAAAGACCCCAAACAGAGGUUAGGCGGAGGUCCCAACGAUGCCAAAGAAGUCAUGAGCCACAAGUUUUUCACCAGCAUCAACUGGCAGGAUGUGGAGCAGAAGAAGCUCACUCCACUCUUCAGACCUCAAGUCACGUCAGAGACGGACACUCGGUACUUCGACGAGGAGUUCACUGCUCAGACCAUCACUCUGACGCCUCCCGACAAGUAUCACAACCUGGACUGUGAAGACCCCGGUCAGGAAGCUCAUUUCCCCCAGUUCUCCUACUCUGCCAGCAUCAGAGAGUGAUCGCUGGCCACACACACACACACACACACACACACACACACACACACACACACACACACACACACACACACACACACACACAGGCCCUGGUCAGAAUCCCCUGGACCCUCAGCAGGAUGGAAGUGCCUCGGCUCUCAGCCAUAUUUUAUUUUUCUACAGAACCAGGAAGCCUUGUCCAGCGGCGGUCCGGACCAGGACCAGGACCAGGGCCGCUCCUCACACACGCCUGCAAAACACACCGACUGCUGCUGGAAUCCAGGGACAGUCAGAUGAAAGGUUUUAACAAGCAUCUCUGUCCAGACCUGUAUUGGGCGGCCCUCUUCUUCCUCCUCCGUGCAGGAGGUGUGUGGACCUCCUGCUGGGAGUCGUACCGACACCCUCUGAGAGCGGCAGCUGGCCGCCUCUGUGUGCGUUUGUUUUCUUUCUCUGGAGAAAAUGAGGUUUUGUGAGUGUGAGGCCAUGAGGCGUGUGUGUUCAAAAGGCUUCAUGAUCAGUGUGUCUGUAGGGGGACGGGGACGGAGGGGACCCAAUGAGACGCUCCUCGUCCGUCCUCAGAACGUCCUCCGCUCAUUUUCACUCGGCGUUUAACGGGAGCUGAGGGACAGUGAGAGUCAGAGCCGCCACUCCUGUGUCCUCUCGCUGUCUGAUGGAGCUGCAGAGCCCUGCUGUGUCUCUGUCUCUCUGUCUGUCCCCAUGUGGUUUUCCGACUCGUCUCUCUUCCUCCUCCUCAUCUUCAGGACUGCAGACAUGUUCCCAAUGUUUUUACACCUAGUUUUUAUUGAUAUCAGUUUGUCCACAGUCCGCAUGCAGAACAAUCAGGCAGCAACCUGCCCGUCUGUCUCUGUCCAUCUGUCUGUCCAUCCCCGUCUCUCAGCAUCCAUCAGUAGAACUUCAAGCUCUUUCUGUUCUCCACUUCUCUUGACCAUCAUGAAAGAUGAGUCACAACCUCUCAGUCCAAACAGCCAUCACAUUGUGGGACACUGUGGGACAGUCCUCCAGAGGACGACCGAGGCCCGUGGUCCUCCUGAGGCCCUGGUCCUCCAGAGAAUGUCCUCCUGAGGCCCUGGUCCUCCAGAGAAUGUCCUCCUGAAGCUCUGGUCCUCCAGAGAAUGUCCUCCUGAGGCCCUGGUCCUCCAGAGAAUGUCCUCCUGAAGCUCUGGUCCUCCAGAGAAUGUCCUCCUGAAGCUCUGGUCCUCCGGAGGAUGUCCUCCUGAAGCGCUGGUCCUCCAGAGGAUGUCCUUCAGAGGAUGUCCUCCUGAGGCCCUGGUCCUCCGGAGGAUGUCCAGGUUGUGCUACAUGCUGGAGGAGCUGCUGCAGGAUCCUUGAGCCUCACUUGCUGCUGUUCAGAUGGGAUUUGAACGCUGGUCUUGUCCUUGCGGUUCCCCCUCUGGGUUCUGCUGUCCGGCCUGGUCUGGAGCUCCUUCACCGGUGUUUUCAAAUGGAGAAAUUUCAUAGCAGUUCAGAGGAAUGUAUGUUUCAGUGACAUUAUUCUGCUCAAGAAAGUCCUCUCUCUGUUUGUGGAUGUAAUUCUGAAAGAUGACGAACUAAUACACCUUUUUAUCUGUCUUACUCCA